GUGAAAGAGGGCCGUAAAUCCGGCGAAACCAGUACGCUGCCGUCUUGGCAAUUGUGGGUACGAAAAAACUUAAAAGUCCAAAAUCUAACAUCACUGUAGUUUCUGUUUUUAUCGUCUGUAACAAGCAUAAAUGAUGGAGUCCGAGGAGCCGACUCUCGUACUCCUGUUGCGUGCGCUGGUUUUGCGUGUUCGACGUCUGCAAGAAAGCGGCUCUGCAUCUGGGACGUCGUUAAGUCCAACUACACAACAGACCAGUCCUGAUGGGAAGACAAAGAACAACGAAAGGCUAAUCAGCGCUCUCCAUCUUCUCAUAAAAGAUGCAAUCGCGUUUUCGCAGAACGAAACUGGCCGCGAGAAGACAUUCCGAUUUUGGCAGUAUUUCGGGCGUUUUCUCUUCGGUGUGUUUCGGUAUCAGCCCUUCAUGGCGCUCGCCGGUUUUAUGUCUAUGACGCGGAAAAGCAUGCGAUGGUUCACGCCAAUCCGAAUGUUUAGCGAAAUGUGUGAGAUCGCGGAUAAAAUCAAGACAAGUUAUAACAACGUCGACAGUUGUAACAGCACUACAUCAAAUCCCAACUCGUCAGUGUCCGCUGCAGACGCUAUAUUCCACCAGCGACGUCACGACGUACUGACUCUUAUCGGCGUCUCUCAGGAUUGGGUCUACAGGCUCUUAGACCACGUCGCAUUUUUUGAACGCAUGAAGGUUCUUAGAAUGUCAGAGAGUGCCGCAGACUGGCUCGACCGCAUCAUCGAAUUUUUCUGGCUUACGGAGAUCGUGCCUCUCGCAGUUCGCGACGCUCUCUCAUACAGAAAAGUGUCGAGCGAAAUGAAUGCGUGGUAACAUUUUUGGCGGAAAGUUUGUUUCCUCUUUGUUGUUUUUCUACUGGUCUCCUCAGCACUCAGUUUUCAUCUUCAUCCUCGCAUCAAUCAUGACUGACGCAGAUCGCACUCGUAAAUUUAAGUCUCAUGAUGAACUAACAGUUCCACGAGCAGUUCUGCGUUCACAACGCUAGCCGAGCAGGCGCGACAUCUGCGGCUGAACUUGAUCAGACUCCUCUUUUUGGACUUGCCGUGCGCGAUUUAUUUCAUGUUACCGCCUGCGUUUCGAAAUCAGAGGCUGAACCAAACAUGGGCUGGCGGAUUGGGUUCGCUCGCAUGCCUCUUCGGAUGCUAUUCACAAUGGCUGAAGGCAAACGAAGGCAGGGAUUUUUUCAAGGGCCAUUACGCGCCAUUGCUACUGGAGGGAUGGAAGGAGAGUACAACAUCAAUGUUGAAUGGUGCGGCUGGAGAUACUACUACGACAAUUUUGAAUGCAGCUGAAGAGGCCGUUGGAAUUCCAGACGAAAAAAGCGCAUAUGAAAAGAAUAAUCUGCGAACACCACUCCUCGAACCACAAAUGCUGUCCGACGCGCAGACGAGGGAAAAUCGUGUAUGAUGAGAUUCCGUGCUGCUUCUGAGGAUAGAUCUUGCACUAGAAUUUUCGAAUGCACAUGGAGCUGCUGACAGGAGCUCUGACCCCUCUCAUCUUGAACCCAUGCAGUUUUACCAAGGAAGGGAUUGCAUGUUGAACCUCCAAUGCUGGUCAAUCGUGAGUCCUCCGUUUUUGGGGUAGUUUUGCGUUUUGCGACAAUGCGCGCACAUCCUUUCUUCGCAACUUUUCUGCUCGUCAAUCACUUGACUGGGCC